CUCACUUGUUUACUCCGUCACCCUCCUUCCUCCUUUCCUAGUCUAUAUCUACACUCAUUCAACAUUUCACACCCAACCAACCAACAACAACAAUGGCACAAUCUCUCAAUUUCUUCGUAUCAACCUCUCCAUCCCCAGACUUUUAUUCCCACUCCAAACUCGCCCUUCAAACCCCCCAUCAUCAUCAUCGACUCCUCUUCCCCUUCACCAACAAACCCCCCCUUCGUUUAUGCGCAUCUGCCGACAACGGUGUAUCCGCCGUGACAACCGAUUACGUCACCCAAAACAACGGGGUAUCAGUAUCUGCGGGUUCGAUCGAGGUGGAUGCGGUGACGGAGGCAGAGCUGAAGGAGAACGGGUUCAGGAGCACGCGGAGGACGAAGCUGGUGUGCACGAUCGGACCGGCGACAUGUGGGUUCGAGCAGCUGGAGGCGUUGGCUGUUGGGGGGAUGAAUGUGGCUCGGAUUAAUAUGUGUCAUGGGACACGUGAGUGGCACAAGAGCGUGAUUGAUAAAGUGAGGAGGUUGAAUGAGGAGAAAGGGUAUGCUGUUGCUAUCAUGAUGGAUACUGAAGGUAGUGAGAUUCAUAUGGGGGAUCUUGGUGGUGCUUCUUCUGCUAAAGCUGAGGAUGGACAAGUAUGGACUUUCAGUGUUCGGGCUUAUGAUACUCUUCGUCCUGAGCGCUGCAUCACUGUGAACUAUGAUGGUUUUGCAGAAGAUGUUAAAGUUGGGGAUGAACUCCUUGUUGAUGGUGGAAUGGUGAGGUUUGAGGUGAUAGAAAAGAUUGGUCCAGAUGUCAAGUGCUUGUGUACUGACCCCGGACUUUUGCUACCUCGGGCUAACUUGACUUUCUGGCGAGAUGGUAGCUUAGUUCGUGAACGUAAUGCCAUGCUUCCAACAAUUUCUUCAAAGGAUUGGUUGGAUAUUGAUUUUGGGAUUGCAGAAGGUGUUGAUUUCAUUGCAGUAUCAUUUGUCAAGUCAGCAGAAGUGAUUAAUCAUCUUAAAAGUUACAUCAAAGCACGGUCUCGUGAUGGGGAUAUAGCGGUAAUUUCAAAGAUCGAGAGCAUCGACUCAUUGAAAAACUUGGAGGAGAUAAUUCUAGCUUCUGACGGAGCCAUGGUAGCCAGAGGGGAUCUGGGUGCACAAAUCCCACUGGAACAGGUUCCGUUGGCUCAACAGAAGAUCGUUGAAGUGUGCAGACAGUUGAACAAACCAGUAAUAGUUGCUUCUCAACUACUAGAAUCUAUGAUCGAGUACCCGACACCUACCAGAGCUGAAGUGGCUGAUGUUUCUGAAGCAGUGAGACAACGAGCUGAUGCUCUUAUGCUGUCUGGUGAGUCGGCCAUGGGUCAGUUCCCUGACAAGGCUUUGACCGUCUUGAGAAGUGUUAGUUUAAGAAUUGAGAAAUGGUGGAGGGAAGAGAAACGUCAUGAAGUUAUGGAUCUUCCUGAUAUCGCUUCUUCUUUCUCUGAUAGUAUUUCUGAGGAAAUCUGCAAUUCUGCUGCCAAAAUGGCUAAUAACUUGGAGGUAGAUGCACUUUUUGUCUACACGAAAGACGGACACAUGGCAUCUCUCUUGUCGCGUAGCCGCCCGGAUUGCCCCAUUUUCGCUUUCACAACCGAUACAUUGGUUAGAAGACGUCUAAAUCUACAAUGGGGUCUAAUUCCGUUCCGCCUUGACUUCUCAGACGACAUGGAAACCAAUCUCAACAAGACUUUCUCUCUCCUCAAGGCUCGAGGUAUGAUCAAAUCUGGCGAUCUUGUUAUUGCUGUAUCUGAUAUGUUGCAGUCGAUUCAAGUUAUGAAUGUGCCAUAAGAAACACUUCGGUUUCAGUCCAUUUUAUUUCAUGAGGGCUCGUAAUGCCAACGCCAUAAAGUAUUGUAUUCGUGUUUUGCUAUGUUGACUUUUUAUUGACUUCAUCCCGGUGCCGACACUUGAUGUUUGAGAACUCAUGGAUUAUGUAAUUUGGUGAUUUGGUUUUGGUUGUUAAGUUAGUAGGUUGUGUUUUC